AUGGCUUCUUGCUUGGUCCCCGACUUCCCGGCCGUUAUGGUUGCUCUCGAGCAUUUAAAGGAACUGGACAAACAGAUGAAAGAGGAGGGACUACCAUUCGCACCUGAAGCUAGCCCCCAUCUGGCAGAGAUGACGGCUGCUAUUACUGAUCUGGAGUCGGACCGACGUGCUGCCCAUGAACAUUUAGAAGUGGAAACCAUAGAAAACAGUAAGCUAAGACAUCAAAUUAACAACAUACGUGAAAGAAUGAGCCAGGAGAUCAUGGCUGACGUUGGAGCAGCCCGUGCAUCUAAUGCUGAGGAGAUAGAGCAGCUGCACAAAGACCUAAACACAGUCUCUCAGCUACAAGAAGCCACUGUGAAGAGGCAGGAAGCUCUCUUGAGCCAAAACGAAGCACUGUACCCUCAGCGAGAACAACUUAAAGGUGAGCAUGAAGAGGUCAUUGCUGCUCUGAAUGAUCAAAUCACCCUAAAAUAUGGCUUGCAAAUUCAGCUGGAUCAGACACAGGAGAAGAUAGAGGAACUGAAGUCCUGCAUUGCUGUUGUGGAACAGGACAAAAUAACCCUGGAGCAAAACAUGGCGCUCGAGAGAGAGGCUUCCACUGUGAAAAAAGACAACCUGUCCAGAGAAGUGGAUCAGACAAAUGGGAAAACUAAGCAGCAGAAGCAAGCGAUCAGGAGGAACAGAACAGAGCUGGACAGAGUUAACGAUAAGAGACAAGAAACCAAUAUCCAUCUGGGAGGGCUAAUGGCUGAUAUGGCCAAGCUAGAGAGCAAUUUACAAAGACUAACAGCAUCAAGGUGCCAGUUUGAGAAACAGCUGGAGGGGGACACCCAAAAACAUCAAGAACUGAGGGAACAGAGAGAAACGCUUAAGAAGGAGUUGCGUGAGUUGGGAGAAGCGUUCAGCCUGGCCAUUCAGCGUCUUAAAGACGAAAUUUCCACAGUUGAGGGUAAAAUCGAGGAGGGUCGAGCAUCAAGGUUGCUCUGUCAAGACCUCCUGGCUCAAAUUUAUGAGAUAUUCAAGCACCAUCAUGAUGAAGAGAGUGAAGUAAGGUCAGAGUAUUUCCACGUCUCACAGCAGCUUGAGCGGUCCAAGCUGCAGCUGGAGGAAAGGAUUGCCUCCAUAGUCAAACACAAGAAGGACAUCAAAGAGAUGGACAAGCAGAUCAGAGCACUGCUGGAAGCUGACACGAUCAACCAGCGUGUAUUUCAGAGGAAUCAGGAGGAGCUGUGUGGUAACAUGGACACAGAGAAGAAGAACGUCAGCCAUCUUGAGGAGGAGAAGAGUAGGCUAAGACGACUCCUUGAGGAGGAGAAGAGGAAGCAGGAGGCACACGUGGCGAAAAUGACCUCUGACAUCAGCAACACCAGGAGGAGAUACGAGGAGCUGCGACAGGAGGAGGCAGCACUCCACCAGCGCCAGCCCAAGAGCACAGAUGCCAACUUACUAAUGAGCCACAUGACCCAGUGUGAGGUGGAGUACAGACAGACAGAGAUCAAAUACCAUCAGGAAAUACAGGAACACGCUGCAGAGACUGAGAGCAUUACAAGGAGCAAUGAGGAGAAGCAGAGGGAGGUGAAGGAGAAAGAGGAGGUACUGAGGGAGGUGGAGGCCAGAUGGAAUGAGGAGCAAAGUAGGCACCGGAGACUGAAAAUGCUCACCUCUGAGUUGAGGUCGAGGAGGACCGAGCUGGAGCUGUCCAUUCAGGGGUUGAGGGAGAAAACCAGCUGUCUGCUUCAGCCCAAAGAGGAGAUGAAGGCUGAGCUGGAGGAAACGCAAGCAAGUUACAUGGAUGUUCUCAAAAAACAGGCCUCAGAGCUGAGAGCUGUAGAAAUAAACAUCUACAACAACAGCGUGAAACUGGAGCAGGUCCGAAUGGAGAACAGCAGGCUGCAUCUCUGUAUCAGACAGAUGACAGAGGAUGUUAGCAGAGCCAGGAGGAACAAAGACAGAUACUGGCAGGAGACUGACCAUUUCAACCAGGACAUAAAGGCCCUGUGUGACAGUUUACAGGAAGCAUGGAAAGAGGAUUUAUUGGUAACUGAGGACUGUCAGAACAGUGAUGGUGUUCUGUUGAUGUCUGUGAGUGCUCUGUUGAACCAUUUGAAGACUAGGAGACAGCAGUUAGGAAAUGUGAACAUACUCCUUCACCAGCAAAUGUUAGAUUUCAGCAAACGACUGGGAGAUAAAACAACUAUAGACCAGCACAGUUGA